GUAUUGCUUCGCUUCGCUCGCAAUUAAGGCUUUCUUACACCCAAACUCCCAACAGUUCUGUACCGUAAACCUUGCAUAAUCAGCAUGGUCUGCAAAAAAUGUGAAAAGAAACUCUCCAAGGUGGCCGCACCUGACCCUUUUACUUCUAGUUCAUCCAGUAUUAAAGAUGGCUCCAGAAAAGUUGGAGAGAAUAAAUUGCUUAGCAGGCCAGGAAGUUCAAAGAAUCGGUUUCAGCCUUAUCAAGGAAAAUGUAAGGAUUGCAAACAACCGUGUACACAGAAUCAGGCGAAAUACUGUCAUGGUUGUGCCUAUAAGAAAGGGCUUUGCAGUAUCUGCGGCAAGAAAAUUCUUGAUACCACGGGAUAUGUAAUGUCAAGCAAAUGACAUUCUUCUUUGCCGGUUUAUAUACUGUAUCCUUGUACUUUAUGACGGACUUGGGUGGAGCAUUUGUAUGUUGUUUUACGUUCUCGACUGCACUGUCGGUGUAUCAAUAGAAAUGUUCACUACAUAUUGAACCUUC